AUGAGUGUAAAGGAUCGAAUUGCUGCCCUCAAUAAAGGACUCAAACCAAAAGAAGAAAUUAAAUCUGCACCAGCUCCAAUUAACAUUUAUGAAGAAACAAAAAACUCACCACAAAAAGAUGAGCAGCCUAAUCAGCCAAUGAGCAUUAAAGAUAGAAUUGCAUUAAUGAAUAAGCGAGAAGAAACCAGCAAGACAGAUACUUAUACGCCGGGCAAGCUGGCUCCUAAAACUAAUAAUCCUCCAAGCCAGCCUCAAGUACAACCUCAAGCAAAGCUGGAAGUGCAGAAUGAAAGCAAAAAUAUAAAAUCCCUUCAAGAAAAAUUAGGAAAUAUACAGUUUCAGCCACAGAAUCCUAAUCUUUUUCCUCAGCCAGUAUCUAAGCCAGUAGAAGCUAAUUUGCAUUCAGAAGCUAUUGAAAUUGCUAUGCAAAAGCCCUUAAGACAUAGAAAUCCUCCUAAAUCAGCCAACUUUGACUUUUAA